UUAUGAUGAUGAGGAAAGUUGUUGAUGGCCGCUGAGAUCGCACGAUUUGCGUGCCCUGAGACAGGUUGUGGCCGCAGCUACUCGACGAAGGGCAACCUUGCUACCCACGCCCGCACUCAUGCAGGAGACUUGCAGCAUCGCUGCCACGUUUGUGACAAGCAUUUCCUGACGUCCUACGCACUCCGUACUCACGUGGUCACCCACAGCCAGAGCAGACCCUUCACCUGCGAGUCUUGUGGGCAGACCUUCACCCAGCAGUACAGACUGCGUGCACAUCAGCGCGUACACAGCGGCCAGACAUUCAACUGUUCGUGGUGCGCUCGGUCCUUCACGACUCGCUCCGACCUCAGCAAACAUGAACGCUGCCACACCGGAGAAAAACCAUACAAGUGCGACGUGGCUCUCUGCGGCAAGAGCUUCGCGCUGCCUCACCAGCUCACGCGACACAGGAAACUGCAUCAAGAUGACGCUCUGCUGCCUGGCGCUUCAACCCUCUCCGCUGAUCAGAAACGUAAACGAUCGCCAUCACUCGGCAGCGCGGAUAGCGCAAGUCCCAAGAGGAGUCGAGACGCUGUGGCCGCGGGCAGACGUAAGGGUUGUUGUGGCGGCAACAGAGCGACUAGUGGCAGCAACAAGACAAGUUCUAGCAAAGGAGGCUGCUGUUGUUCUGAUGCUAAUUCCACAACAGCGGUUCAAGUGAAAACUUCGAGCUUGUUAGAGGAGCUCACCGCUCGAGCCGACAUCUGCCGCUGUGAUCCCUGCCAAUGCGACCCCAGCAAAGGUAAUGAGUGCUCCUGCAACCCCGUCGCCGACCCCUGCACCGCUGACGUCGCAAGAACCAGUCUUGCAAGCACAAGUGACGCAAGAACCAAUGAAGAUACUACCAGUGCCGUAGCAAGCACCAGUAUCGUUGCAGGAACCACCGACUUCGCAAGAACCAGUCCCGCUAUAAACGCCAGUGACGUUUCAAGCACCACCGACAUCGCAAGAACCAAUGCCGUUCAAGGAACCAGUGACGUUGCAAGAAUCCAUGACUUCAAAGGAACCAGUGACGUUGCGAGCACUAGUGAUAUCAUUGACGUUCAAACUAGCAUAGCGGAUGGGUGUGAUGAUAACGAACAACACCGUAGAAAACAUCUUCAAAAUUUUGUUCCUCAGCCUGACUCGAAUGACAGACAAAUAUCACUUACUGACGAACCUCCAUCCUUCGUUGGUUUGAAAACUUGUUGCUCAGGUAAUUCCAAAAGCUCUCCAUUAUUUUCAUUCUACGAAAACUGCGACGAAUCAAAUGCUAUUUCUGGGGCAGCAGUUACGCCAGUUUUUUCUAGUCCAACUUUCACAGCUUCGUCUGUCGCUUCAAAUGUGCCAUUAUUUGUUGACCCUCACACCUUCGAUUCCGGACCAAACUCUGCAAUUUCGUCCUUGAAUGUCGUACGAAGUUGUUGUUCCGAUGCCGCGUCCACGACUUGUUCUAUGUCGUUAAAUCCGGCAGAUAAGAUCGCUGUGAAAACUAAAGUGCCCCGAAAUAAUCUUAUGUCUGCUUGUUCCAAUUUCAAGUUACCAACAACUCAAGCUUAUAAAUUGAAGACUCAAAAUGAUGAGCGAAGGAAAAUCGGAUGCGAGGCUCGGAGCUUUCGUGACGAAUCAUCCGAAUACUCGCGAACUAUGACUGUAAAAUCCACAUUGAUUGAUAACAAAAAACUGUUCCAACCAAUAGAUAAUCUCGACGAUGGUACAGACUGCAGACCAUCUAGUGAAAAUUCAUCUGACUUGCCAUCAACACCCAACGACUUCAGCUGCUUGGUAAGCGAUAUUAGUGCUGCAGAUGAGAACGAUACAAUGGAGACCAUGAACGACAGCAGAAGUAAUGGUGUCCUCACGACACCUCGGAUCACAUUACGGGAUGCCUUGAACGAUGAAACUUACGACUCUUCCGUUGCUGGUUCAUCAAACUUUGAGUUGUUCUCUGGUGCUGUGUUGGAAAAACUCGAAAAUAUUCAAUCAUCGACAAACGAAACGACCGCUGAGGUCAUUGAAAAUUCUGCCGGUCUUUCAGCCCCGUUUGAACCAGAUUCUGAAAAUGAAAAUUUUCGGAUUCCAAAAUUUUGCACGACUUCAACACUGCCCUCUGCGGGUUCUGCCUGCUCACUCAUUGAAUCCCCUGAGCUUUCUUCAGCAGCCCUCGGGAAAACCUUUGCUGCUAAUUUCAAUAACGCUAGAGCUCAGUUCUUAGGGGAUUCUGAUGCUGACUCUAUUUCGGCGAGAAGAGUAUUGAGCAAUAACAUUGAACUGAAGGAAACGGGUUUAGUCUGCAAUGCUGUAAAAGAUAAUGAAAUAAUUGGUCAAACUAUGGUAACUGUUGAUGAAAAAAUCGGUAGUGGGACGGGAACAAUUUCUAAUGAAUCCACAGCAGAAUUUCAGCCAAGAACGAACGCAACUUAUUUCCAUGAUGAGAAUGAAAUUGGACCUAGUGAAGAUCGGUCAAUGACUUCAUCGGAAAUAUUAGAAUCCUUAUUAUCAAGUCCUCCUCCUGUGUACAACAAAGAAAGCCGAUUUUCAUUUGUACCUAACUCGGCACGCGAGACAAUUGAAAUCCAAAAUUCUAACUCUUGUUCUGAUGGCUACUCGACUGUUGCAGAUGCAGGACGUAUUUCUUGUCUCAUUGCGCCGUCGGUAUCAACUCAGUCGGAGAUCAACUCGUAUCAAAAUCCAACUGAAAUUUCUACGGCAUCAGAGGCAAAUAAGUCCAUUGCUUUAAACGAUGGUUACAUGGCUAAUUUGCAGGAACUUGCUUUAUUAGCUCCAAACGCUCCCGCUUCGACGUCACUAAUGAAAUCUCAUAAUUUGCUGAACGACUGCGAUUUAUCAGAGCUUGUCAAACUGCGACAACUAUUGGAUUCUAAAAUUAUAACUGCUUCUCGAAGUAUUGGCGCAUCACUGCCUUCUAGAAAAACAAUUGCUGAUGAAUUACCUUAUGAAUGGAUGGAAUUUUCUCCUUUGUCUUUUAACCAAACUUCCAUACAAACGUUAUUCUCAAAGAACGUAGCAGAAAACAGGAGUUUUUCUCCGUUUCUGCCUGAACGACCGAGAAUUGCCUCUAGUCUCCUCAGCUCAGUAAGUGAUCAACCCCAAGCAGCAAGUCAAGAACCAACCACGUCGUAUGACCCCAGAGUUUCAACCCCCAAGGUUUCAGAUCCCAUCAGUAAACCACCAACGCCUCAGAAGCAUGCAAGAUUCCCUCCAGCCUCUGCAACAGAAUUCAGUAACUCGGAGGUAGACGAUGAAGAAGUAGUCGAUAACUCGUCUGCUACGCCGAGUAAAUCGAGAGCUAACCGCUGCGGCACUGAUAGCAAUAAAAAUCACAGAGUUAUCGAUGGAAAUGUUAGUGCAGAUGCAACGUUUUAUGGCUGUCACAAAAAUGGUGCACCACAACAUCACAGAAACGGAAAUUUCACCGACGGAAACGAUGGUCUCCAUCCAAGUUGUGCUUCUGGACAUCACCACACGUGCGCUUCUUGCAUUCAUCACCAUCAUGCGUGCCCUUAUCAACAUCAUGCGUGCCCUCAUCACCAUCACCAUUCAUUUCCGAACUUUAGUUCUCAUCAUGACAACUACCACAAUAUGUGCAAAAGCUGUAGUCCUCAUCUGAAAUCCUCUGCUCAUUGUAAUAAUCACCAUGAAAACUGCCACAGAGUAUCAGAAAAUGGUCCUCUCGGUCACAACUGUCAUAAGAUAUCCUGUGGCGGUGCACCCCAGUGCCUUCAGUCGUGUGAUAUUAGCCGCCAUAGAAGUUACAUUAAUAACCAUGCUUGUAUCGCUGAUCAUUGCAAUGGUCAUGAGUCUGUUUGCGUGCAUAACCCUCACACUCAUUUAAAUUGCAUUGGAUGUGUUCACAACAGAUGCAGCUCACAUCAUCAGGAACACUGCUGUUCCCCUGUCGAUGACAGCACUAGUUGUCAUACCAGCACUAGUUGUCAUACUAGUCAUUCCUCGUGUCAUGGCAACUCGCAAUCUCAUUUGUGUCAGAAAACCCAUCAGUGUGGCGAUUCUUUGAAUAUACCUUCGCAUCCUUGCCCCGAUGUUGACAAAAAUACUGGUGCUAAACAUCAGUGCUCAACCGUCCGUCAAAACUCGCUCCAUCAUGGAAAUGAAUGCAAGCGUGGCGAGUCUAUGCAAAAGCAUUGCAAAUUAGUACAAAAUAAUACUUAUUGCUCUACGCACGAGAAGGACGACCCGUCGAAUCCAGCACUUGAAUCUAGAGAUCGUCAUCAUAACCUGGAAUCUGCCGAAUUGAAUUCAAAUGAAUAUUCAUGUGGGACUACGGAACGUUCGUGCGUAUAUGAGACGCACUACGAGUGUGAAGUGAGUUAUAUAGCGGCUGCAAAACGUUACCAUUCAUCCGUUCUGUCUCAGUGUGGUCGUAACCUCACAAACAAACAGCACGAGUGUCAACAUAAAAACAUGGACAAUUUACAUGAAUGUUCAACAUCUGCAAUAUCCAGUGCAUCAGGACGGGUCGAAGAUCCCGCCUUAUCUCGGCAACACCAUGCGAGUGAUGGAUUAAAAUGUCAUGAGGUUCGUAGCAAUGAAGCUUUAUUGCCUUCCGCGCAAUAUGAUGCAGGAAUUGCCUCCGGGUCCCCUGAGGUAUCAACAAAUAGAUCUCCAUAUAAUGAAGACUACGCUCCUUUUGACGAUCGUUCAGCAUUAUUAGAGAGAAAUACUUCCACAGUUGAUGCUUCAGGUGGUAUUCCUGAAACAGAUCAAUGCGAGUUUGAAAAUACGAGUAAGACAUCUGAGGAUGCUGUUCACAGUGAUUCGAAACAGUCCAAGAAUAAAGCUCACUGCAAAUUCGCAAAGAAUCCCAGCAGUAACACGCAGAGCGACGGAUGUGCAAGUGAUGUAUUCUGCUGUUCAUCGAAACCAAAAUCAGCACAUUGCAUCUUGGAGUCAGUUCUCUCGCCUAAAAAUAACAUGGCGCAUAGAAAUGAUGUUGGCGCGGACGUAAAUGCCACUUUGAGUACCCAGGAUACCUCUCCGUCUUCGACCGCCAAUCCUUCAGCGAAAAAGAACCAGAAGAGCGUGAGCGUCGAGAAGCAAAUGAUGAUUCGGUACGAGGAGUCUUGCUGCAUCGUCGUCUGCAUGACUCGCCUGCAAAUGCUGCAGUCAAUGCUGGUGGAGUGUCAGUGUGUGGGCCAAUGUCGCUCGCAAGACUCUUCACCCAACACGGAAUAAUCACACGAGAUUGGAUAGAUAUAUAUCCAGGAGCAUGGAUCUUCAAUAUAUCUGCAUACAUCAAGGCCACUUCAUUAUUGAAUCAAAUUUGCAUGUCGCUUGAUGAUUUGCUCGACAUUAGUACGUUUCCAACAUUAUAUACUAUUUAUUGUGGGAUUAUUUAUGUUAACGCGUUGACU